AUGUCAAGAGAAAUUUGUGCAGAAAAACGUGAAAUUAGGAGCCUUAGUACAAACCCCCUAUCUGUCUCUCAGCCAAGUAUUUCGGUAGCUGGUCAGGAUCAAAGGGCGUCUGGAGAUAUAGGCGAUGAGCAGCGUUCUUCUGAUAAAUGCGCAAUCACAUCAAUCUUCAACCCUCAUGAAUCUACUUCUAAUAUGAUAAACGAAACUCUUUGCCAAUACACGAGCGAAGGUACUCCCGAGCGUGCUGUUGAAUCCCAGGAAAGAGCAGGCCUUAAUGAGUCGAAUCUUUCAGUAUGCGAAUCUGAUGCCUUAAAAGCCAACAAAGAUGUCCCAACAACAUCUGAAUCAAACAAUGCAGCCUCCUCCAAUCUGAUGAGUGGCAACUUCCUUCUGAAAAUUCACCAGCAUGACCACCAGAAGGAAGCUCUUGAAAAGUCGGUCACAGAAUCUACCUAUUCAACCUCUAUUUCCCCUUGUUCUGACUCAACUGAGAAGGUAAUCCUUAAUUCCCCAGAGCCCCAUGUGUCUGAAAACCCUUCCAUUCGAACAAAUCAGCAGUGCGUCACUUCGUCCCACCCAAACGAACCGCAUAAAUCCCAAACUCCUGCUCGCAUUUAUAUCCCCGAUCCGAAACUGCAAAACUUUAAAUCAAGCAGCGUAGUGUACCCACAGAAGCAGGGCCAAAUUUCUCCCCCUAGCCAAUUCCAACAGCAACAGCAACAACAACAGGAUAACCGAAUCAAAAUAAAUAAAGAGCGCAGGGUUGAGGAGUCAAAUACCUACAUGCAGCAUCCCGACGUACCUUAUUUCCCUCCUGAAUCCAACUUUAAGUCCACAACUCUCUCCCAACCUGCGCCUCAAAAUAACGCCGCUACGUCUGCCCGUAAUUUCAGUGGUAACAUUCAUGGAAAUAAUUACUUCUUCUCGUCUCCCAGUCCCUCAAACAUGACCACCUCCAAUGGAAGUAUUACCCAGGGGCAGCUUGAUGUCUGCAAUUUAAGUGGACAAACAUGUGAGUCUGUGAAUAAGACCAACUUAAUUGUUAACUAUCUGCCACCCUAUAUGUCCCAAGAUGAGGUUAAGGCACUAUUUUCGAGCAUUGGUGAGGUGGAAUCUUGUAAAUUAGUUAGAGAAAAGGCAUCUGGUGAGAGUCUGGGGUAUGCUUUUGUCAAAUUCGUACGAGCCGCCGAUGCCGAAAAGGCCAUUAGAACUCUCAAUGGUCUGAGAUUGCAAAAUAAGACCAUCAAAGUUUCCAUCGCACGGCCUAGUUCUGAAUCGAUCAAAGGGGCGAACCUGUACAUAUGCGGACUUCCACGAAAAAUGACUCAGACAGAGUUGGAGGAAUUGUUCUCUCAUUGUGGAAAAAUUAUCACCGCGCGAAUUCUCUACGACAACAAAACUGGUCUUUCUAGAGGUGUUGCCUUUAUCCGCUUUGACCAGCGCCACGAGGCAGAACAGGCUAUUCGCAGACUAAAUGGUUACCAACCUCCUGCGGAUUACCCGAACGCCCCACCGAACGAGCCCAUAACGGUCAAGUUUGCGAACUCACCAAACUCCAUUCGCCACGAUAGCUUGGGUUUGGCGCUUCUCAAACAGGCUGCCCAGCUUCAGUCGGUGGCUGCGUCGGUGGUGAGCCCACCGGCAAGAUCUGCGGCCUCUGCUGCCGCGAAUGCUGUCGCCGCUGCCGGUCUUCUUAGCCCCCUUCAGCAGUUUGCGUCGAUCUCUAAUCGAUUGAAGUAUUCGUCGGCUCUCGCAGGCGGAGCUAAUGGCCAGGGCCCUAAUGCGGCUGAUCUCCUACCCGCAGUAGCGAGUGCAGCAGCCGUUGUGAAUCCCCUCCUUGCGCCAGCUGUGGCAGCGAGUUCAGGGGCUCUGACUGCCACCGGCUGGUGCAUAUUCGUGUACAACCUGGCCCCCGAGACGGAAGAGUCCAAUCUCUGGCAACUCUUUGGCCCAUUCGGUGCAGUGCAGACAGUUAAGAUUAUCCGCGAUCCAACCACGAACAAGUGCAAGGGGUUCGGGUUUGUGACGAUGAGUAAUUAUGAGGAAGCUUUGUUGGCUAUUCACUCUUUGAAUGGAUUUGCCCUGGGUAACCGUGUUCUGCAAGUUUCGUUUAAGACGACGCCAAAUCCGCGACUCAGACCACCAACGCAUACCCCGCCACCAAGCACGCUGAGUCCAACUCUGCAAAUGAGUCAGAUGAAUGGAAAAUUGAACGAAUCAAUACUCCCCACACCACAGGGUACAAGUGAAACCCCAGCAAAGACGCCACAGAUGUUGGGUGAUUCUUCUGGUGUCGGGACCACGACGCCAUCUCAGGGCGGCGUCAAAUUCUCCCCACAGUUGGCGCGUCGAUCAGCCAGCAUCUCAUCCGGCGCAGAGUGCUCCAGCCCAGCAGGAAACCGCUCCCUAUUCUCCCAGCUGACGUCGAAUGCUAAAUCCGAGAUCAAGAAUGAGUCACGUGCUGGGAAUGAGAAUCCGUCGUUCUGUAAGUCCUUCACCUCUACAGCCGCCGAGGUAGGGGAUUUCAGCUCCUUAAAUUCCGGUCAAAAAUCCUCGACAGUCUCUCGUGAAAAUACGGCUCUGCGAUUGUUCGCCGAGAAGCAAAACCAAAAUCGGGUAGCGCAAAAUGAGACAAAUGCCAAAAAACUCUAA